CGGCAAGCCGCUCCCUCCUCUACAGAAAACUAGAAUAACGUCUGUCGCGUACGAAAUGCAUGGCCCAGGAAGGCGCGCUUCGCCAUGCUGUGCCUGUACUACAAAAAAAGCCUCCCGUCCCCAAACCACAACGCUGUCUGGAUGCACCUGGCCAGUGCCUCCCGUCUGGAUUGGAAACCCGAAGACGGCAAGUGAGACCACGAUUAGGCUGCCUUGCAGCCCACCAAGAAAAGAAGACCAAGGCAGGGCAUACCUUUGGUAAGUAGGUGGUCGAACAUGGAAUGCGGUUUGCUCACUCAGACAGCCCGCCCACAGCACCCAAGCCCCUGGGACCUAAAAAAAAACCUGGAACUUGGUCUCGCCUGUCGUGAACCUAACCUAGGCUGUUCCCAGGCAGGCUCCUAGGCGCG